CCUCAUUGCUUUGGAUAAGACUCGCUCGCACGCGCUCCGAAGUUCCUUUCCGCUCGGCUCCCAAGCCAAUCGCCACCGACGUUUGGGCAAAUUGUUUAUUCGCGUCGUUCGACUCGAGUCGAUGCAACAACGAUAAAAAGCAAAGAUGCCCAGAAUCUGAACCUCAGUUCUUGGUCGCAGACUCCUAAAGAUUUGUCCAAUCCAAGAAGCGAGAAGAUGAUCCCGUCGAAGACGCUAAGGAAGUUGCAGGUGGUGUCCCCCGUGCCGGCCGACAUCGACGUCGCCAAUUCCGUCGAGCCCUUCCACGUGUCCGAGAUCGCCAGCGAGCUCGGUCUCAGCCCGAAUCACUACGAUCUCUACGGCAAGUACAAGGCCAAGGUCCUGUUGUCAGUGCUGGACGAGCUCGAGGGACGUGGAGAUGGGUACUACGUGGUGGUCGGAGGCAUUACCCCUACUCCUCUCGGGGAAGGCAAAUCCACUACUACUGUUGGGCUCUGCCAAGCUUUGGGUGCAUUCCUCGAUAAGAAGGUGGUCACAUGCCUGCGUCAACCAUCGCAAGGACCCACUUUUGGAAUUAAGGGUGGCGCUGCUGGGGGUGGCUAUAGUCAAGUCAUUCCAAUGGAUGAGUUCAAUCUUCACCUUACCGGAGAUAUCCAUGCUAUAACUGCUGCAAACAAUCUUUUAGCUGCUGCUAUUGAUACUCGGAUAUUCCAUGAGUCCACACAGUCAGAUAAGGCACUUUUUAACCGGUUAUGCCCACCCAAUAAAGAAGGUAAACGGAGCUUUAAUGAUGUCAUGUUGAGGCGUCUGAAGAAGCAUGGCAUCUCCAAGGACAAGCCAGAGGAUCUAUCCCCACAAGAAGUUAAGAAGUUCGCUAGGCUUGAUAUUGAUCCAGAUUCUAUCACAUGGAGGAGGGUGAUGGAUGUAAAUGAUCGGUUCUUAAGGAAAAUUAGCAUUGGCCAGGGGCCAGAAGAGAAAGGAAUGGUGAGAGAAACAGGGUUUGAUAUUUCAGUUGCUAGUGAGAUAAUGGCUGUUUUAGCCCUUACGACAUCUCUUGCAGAUAUGAGAGAGAGGCUAGGGAAGAUGGUGAUUGGAAACAGCAAGACUGGAGAACCUAUAACUGCUGAUGAUCUCGGCGUUGGAGGCGCUCUAACUGUGCUAAUGAAAGAUGCUAUUAACCCUACUUUGAUGCAGACACUGGAAGGGACUCCUGUACUUGUUCACGCCGGUCCUUUUGCUAAUAUUGCCCAUGGGAAUUCGUCCAUUGUUGCGGAUAAAAUUGCAUUGAAAUUGGUGGGUCCGGGUGGUUUUGUGGUGACAGAAGCUGGUUUUGGUGCUGAUAUUGGUACAGAGAAAUUCAUGAAUAUAAAGUGUAGAUAUAGUGGAUUAACCCCUCAAUGUGCUGUCAUUGUGGCAACGAUAAGGGCCCUGAAGAUGCAUGGGGGCGGGCCUGAAGUUGUUGCUGGAAAGCCUCUUGACCGUGCCUACUUAUCAGAAAAUGUUGCUCUUGUUGAAGCUGGUUGUGUGAAUUUAGCUAGGCAUAUCUCCAAUACGAAGGCGUAUGGUGUGAAUGUGGUUGUGGCGGUGAACAUGUUUUCAACAGAUACUAAAGCAGAGUUGAAUGCAGUGAAAAACGCAGCACUCUCUGCUGGAGCCUAUGAUGCUGUUGUCUGUACUCAUCAUGCUAAUGGUGGAAAAGGAGCGGUGGACCUUGGAAUGGCAGUUCAAAAAGCCUGUGAGAAUGUAACACAACCACUCAGAUUUUUAUAUCCCUUGGACAUAGGCAUCAAGGACAAGAUCGAGGCAAUUGCAAGGUCAUAUGGUGCCAGUGGUGUUGAAUACUCAGACCAGGCCGAGAAACAAAUUGAAAUGUACAGUCGGCAAGGUUUUUUGGAUCUCCCAAUCUGCAUGGCGAAAACACAAUAUUCGUUCUCUCACAAUGCUUCAGAGAAGGGGGCCCCAUCUGGAUUUGUCUUGCCAAUAAGAGAUGUCAGGGCCAGCAUCGGAGCAGGAUUCAUAUAUCCUCUGGUUGGAACCAUGAGCACAAUGCCGGGUCUUCCCACAAGGCCUUGCUUUUACGACAUUGAUCUUGAUACUGCGACUGGCAGGGUCAUUGGUCUGUCGUGAAUUCAGAAAAGCACUCCCCUAUAUUUCUGCAUCAUCCAGUUGCUAGCCUGGAGAAGGCAUCCUGAACCUCGUAAAGCAAGAUAUCGGUUAGAGCUAGCUUCCUGUCGUUGUUAGGCAUCCUUGCUCUUCUCAUCUUGUCCAUGUUUCAAGUACAUCAUGAGGAGAAUCAAUAAGAUAUAGGUAACUGUUGGCCAGUCUGUAUCACCUCAGGUGUAUAAUUAUUAAACUUGAUUUAUGUUACUCCUAUAAGAGGAUUACAUAAAAUAGCAUAUGAGAUUCUACGACUCUA